UCCUCUGUAUACGGUUCGGCUAAUAUUAUAUUAUGGCUAUUCGGUGUGCGUAUACCGAGUUAACGACAUCACCUACGAUGGCGGUCGUCACAAAAAACAAAAAAAAUUUUCUCGUGUAAAUAAUUGCGUUUUUUUUUCGUGGCGUAUUCGAACAUUAUUACAACACCCGCACCGAACCGACUGAAUCUUUCGAAAGUCCAGACAUGACCGUUCCGCAGUUGACGCUUAAAGAAAAUAAUAAAACCACGAUUUACGUGUGUGGCCUAAGAAGAAGCACGUUUUUUUGUGUAAAUUACGUUAUUUUAUACAUGGUUUUUAUAGCAGCAGGAGCUGCGGUGUUCGCACGAUUUGAACAGCCACACGAAGACGAUUUAAUUAGGCAUUUGAAAUUAUCAAAAAUGGAAUUCAUUCGCAAAAAUCCAAAUCUCAACCACGAAUCGAUGGAGAUUUUUAUCAAAGAAGUACUCGCUGCCAGCAACAGAGGUGUUUCGGCAGCCAACAACGUCUCGGGAGAACCUAAUUGGAGUUUUGGACAAUCACUGUUCUUUGCAUGUACCGUGAUUACAACCAUAGGUUACGGCCAUGUCACUCCGUUGUCGCAGGAGGGCAAACUAUUUUGCAUGCUUUAUGCCUUAUUUGGUAUCCCUCUGACAUUAGUACUGUUGACAGCGUUAGUCGAUCGAUUGAUGAUACCCACUACUAAGUACUUACACUUUCUCAACAGCCGCCUCGGACAUCUUUACCCGCCGUUUACUAUUCGAUUACUACAUUUUGCCACAAUACUGACCACAUUGAUAUUUCUGUUCCUUUUGUUGCCCGCAGCAAUUUUCACAUACGUAGAACCCGAGUGGAACUAUAUGGACUCUUUAUACUAUUGCUUCAUAUCGCUCACUACAAUCGGUCUAGGCGACUACAUCCCAGGCGACGCGCCCGACCAAAAGUAUAGACCCUUCUACAAGCUUAUGAUAACUGGGUAUCUGGUUGUGGGUCUGGUGUGCGUGAUGCUUACGCUGUCUAUAUAUUAUGACAUUAGACAAUUGAACUUUGGUGUAUUAUUCAUGUUGGAAAACGACGAAGCCCGGCCAAAAGACCCUGAGAAAAUGCAUUUACAAGAAGCCGGAACAAAUCGGACCAAAUAUUUAAACGAGAAAGACUCACCUGCAAGCCCAGACGACACAACCCCCGUACACAGUAUUCCUUAAGAGUUUGCGGACUAAACUCUAGAGUUCAUCUACAUACAUUCAGCUACGCAGUGACGACGCAGUUACCUAUUAUUGACCAAAAAGAAUCUCUAUCCUUUUAAAUAAAUUAUUAUUAACUAUAUUAUGUUAAUUUAUUAUUUUAGAUAAUUAUUGUUACUGUAUUUAGGUUUAAAAUGUAUUAAUUAUAAAUAAUAUUUAUUGUCGUUACAAUGAUGAUUUAAAUGAUUAAAUUUGUAAACGAAAAUAAUUAUAUGUUAUAAAUAAACGUACUGCAAUGUAAUACAUAUAUUAGUCGAGAAAAUAGAGACAAGUAACUGGCAAUAGGUUAGUAAAAUAAUUUGCGGUUUUUCAGGAGGGUAGGGUCGAUUGAAAAUGUUAGCUGUGUUAUUAUAGUAUUAAUUAUUAUAUAUAUUAUCUUUAGUAUUUAAUAUAUAGCUAUUAGUAUCUACCUAUAAAUCAUUAGUCAACAAUCACCAAUUACGUUUGCCUUCUUCAUUCAUACA